AGUGUCAGGAAUGUUGUGUUAGAGAGACACAGGAGGCAGAGAAAGUGUGUACAUUUGACAGAACACACUGAGGACCAGGGACAAUAUAGAAAACCAUUAUAUCUCUACAUUAGUGCCGUGGGACAUCCUCAGACCUUCGAUCCAGCAAUUCCAUAUCUCCAGCCACUCUAUCCAACUUUUAUCAGGAAACUUUCAUCAAGAAACUUUGCAGAAGCAGAGUCUUUAGAUCCCUCAACCAUCAGACGACAGACCUUUUGACCUUUCCAGAGGACACCUCUCCAAACUCCCCAAACCUUCAAACCACAGUUUGAUCAGAUCCUUCAGGAUGAGUGAAGAUUCAGCUCAUGCUGACCGCAGUGCUGCAACUGCAGCUUUCCAGCCCGGCACAGCCAACUCCAACCCUCCUACCCCUGGUCCCGUAGCAGUAGCCCCAGACCCCCAAGAAGGCCAAGAGUUCCUGCUCCCAGGCUUCAACCCUACCUCUGCACCCUCGUCCCCUUCCCACACCCUGCCACGGCUGGGCACCAAGACUCUGACAAGCCCCACAAGCUCCGGAGGCCAGGUGAGCGCCAUUACAGUGGUGGCCCUCCUAGACAAGCUGGUGGCAAUGAUUGAGGCUGUGCAAGAGAACCAGCGGCGCAUGGAGAAGCGGCAGGCCGAGCUGGAGGGCACUGUGCGUGGGGUUCAGGGCGAUGUCGCCCGCCUGGCCAAAAGCCACUCCACCACGGCCACCGGCGUGUCCAAGCUGCUGGAGCGAUCACGCAAGACCGGCGGCUAUAUUAAAGAUGUACGAGAGCGCCUGGAGCGGCAGGGCAACCAGGUGAAGAGGCUGGAGGCCAACCAUGCGCACCUGCUCAAGAGGAACCACUUCAAGGUGCUCAUCUUUCAGGAAGACAAUGAGAUUCCCACCACAGUGCUAUCUAAGGAUUCCAAUGCAGAUAUCGCCUCAACUUCUGUCCUGGAUGAUGUACCUGCUUCUCCACCCGCUUCAGCCAUGGACACCAACCAUUCCCACGAUGAAGGCCUGCAGACCAUCAGCCUGUCCUCCGAAGAAGACGAGGGAGCCGCCAGCCCCCUGGCAGAGGGAAGCACCGAGCCCCUGGGUGAGCUCCAUGAGGAGGACCUCCUCCCUGGCAUGGGGUCCGACCGUCAGGAGCGCUCCCGGGCCGACAAGUUCAAGCGCUCCAGCCUGAAGAAGGUGGACAGCCUGAAGAAGGCAUUCUCCAAAAGCAGCAUUGAGAAGAAGAUCAACAAACUGGUGCCUCCAGAAAGACGUGAGAAGAUCAAGAAGAGCUUCACACCCAACCACCCCAAAAGCCCCACCACCAAAAGCUCCUCCUUCCGCAUCUCACCCAUGACCUUCAAUGUCAAGAAGGUGCGGGAUGGCGAUGGAGAAGCUGCUCAGCCUGAGAGCUCACCGACCUCCCUGACCACCGUCAGCAUCCCCACUAUGGGAGGGCUGGACGGAGAGGUGCCUGUGGCCGAAGUGCACGUGGAAGAAGAGAAGGCUAAUGGGAAGGAGCCCAGUACCUCCACACCGGGCAGUGCGGAUGGUGGCCUCUCCGUAACAGAGGAUGCAGACCUUGACAAUGGUCCCACAGCUACACUUGCAGAGGAGGAGGUUCUGCAGGAUCAGGAGGAGGAUGAUGAAGAUGAUCAUGAAGAUGGCGCUGAUGAAAACAGAGGAGCCGGUGAAGAAGAAGAGGAGGAGGAGUCCAGGCCUGAACCAGCAUCCACAAUGUCAGCCGCCACCCCCGCUGUGGCAGUCCAGCAGGCCUCUUAGAUACACUAGGUGUAGCACCACUAGUGCUCCAGCUGUUCUAAAAUCCUUGAUAUAAGAGCUACCCCUCUGUUAAAGCCAGUUAAUAUGUGGCUAAUAUAAGAGAUCAUCUGUUUAAAAAUAAGAAUAACCCAUAUUUCUGUAAACUAUAAGAUAUUUACUUUCCAUAACUGGGAUUUUUUAUAUGGUAAUGGGUGAAUACACUUAAAAAAAGUAUAUUGUAAUAAUAAUAAUGUUCUGCCUCACUUUAUAGAGUAGUGUUUCUCAGUCCAGUUCCUAAAGAUAGCUAGGUGAUGCCACAUUUUUGGCCAAUUCCAGCUCCCAUAACACUUAGAGUGAAUACAGUAACCUAACUCGGGUCUGGCCCAGAACAAUUGCACCAAGACCUGCGAGAGGACUGGUUCGAUUGCAUCUGCAAGCAGUCUCUAAAAUGAACAGCUUUUUUUUUAUUUACAUCAAAACACAGCAAUAUGAGUGUUAUUACCUAAAAAAACCACAUAUGAUUUGAACAGAUGCAAAUACACAUACACAAAACGCAACAAGGAGUUCUCAUUUUUAACUAAGUAUGUUAUAUGCUGUGAGCCAAGCUGAAGAACAAAGUGUAGUUCCAGAUUUCUCCUGGAUGCCCUCAGUCAGCAUGUGUAUAUAUGUUAAGUUCUGUCAGCAGCUCACCUGAUUUACCACAUUUAUUAAUUUACCAAACCAGUUGUUGAUAUGAUGAGAACUAAAAAUAACUCUAUUAAAGAUAAGAAAAAAAAAAAAAAAAAGAUAAGAAGAUGUUUUAAGGACAACAGUGCUGAAAAAUCAGUGCUUUUUGCAAAAUUGCUAUUUGCAUUUAUUGUAAUGCUAGUGUAUCACUGAUAAGACACUAUAUAUAAUAAGUGUCCUAUCUGUGAAGUUAGUGUUUAUAAAUGUUAAACAAUCAAUGGAUUUCCUCUUUAGGAAUGCGACUGCAUGUACAGAAAAAUCUGAAAGCUGUUUCAGGAAGAAAAAGUACAGAUACUUUAAAAGGCAGUGUUUCAAAGUUGGGGCAGUAAAGUGUUUACUACUCCGUUAUGUAGCCAUUCCUUCCAAGAACAUUUAAAAGAUGUUUAGUCACUGAGAAUAAAGUAAUGAAGUGUUUCAGGUGUUGUUUUGAACCAUUCUUUCUGCAAACGCGUCUUAAGGUGUGUAACGGUACAGCAUCACCAAUCCCAGUAACCUCAUCUUCCGCAGACAUGCUUUUGAAAUGUGAGCAGCACGUGGUUUUGCAUUGCCUUGUUAAAAAAUGUAUGGACAUGAAAUGCAUUCAUGGAAUUUUUUUGUGUUAUCUGUUGAUCAAAUGAUGGGUCUUGAUACAAUGAAUUAAAUGGAGUUGUGCAGGUGAAACAUAAAAAAAACAUGGGUUUAUAAUGCCUACAAUUAAAUUAAAUGCGCAGGAUUGCACUUUUCUGUUUGCUUUUCUGAUUUGCGGUUGUGCAGGUGUGCUACUGGGCCUGAGGACUGAGAAACAAUGUGUUUCUGUAAAUGGUGUAUCCCAAAUUUUGUAUAUAACUUUAGAUCUUUUUUGCAUGUAGGCUAUUUUAUUGCCCUGUGUAUUACUUUAUUAAACAGAUUGCCCACUAGUAAGAUAAUAAGUUAAUAUAAUUCAUACAGAAUUGAUAUAGACUGUAGAGAUAACUGUAGAAUUAGUAUGUUUUUUGUGGGAGAUAACUAAAAUACUCAGCUGCGAUGUUCAGGAAGGCGAGUGAACCGAAUCACACUAACAAGAUUUAUCAUCUCAGAGAGUUUCUCAUAAUGUUGGUCGGGGUUCACAUUUUAUUUUUGCCACAAUAUAACAGACAAUUUAGUAUGCGCUACUAUGUUGGUGAUAUUUUGGUGUUUUAUAAAAUGUAUUAAAGUAUCUAGCACAUG